CCCUCCCUUCCACUUCCUCAGGCUUUGUUCGGCCGCCGCUCUGAAAAAAAAACAAAACACCUUCUCGUCACCAAGAAGAAGAAGAAGAAAAAAAUCAAUUGAAAAAGCAAAAGGAAAAGGAAAAAAAAAAAACCCAAAAUAACUCCGAGCCUCAGCGACGCUCCCGCCACGAUGAUGGAGGACGACGGGCAGCCGAGAACCCUCUAUGUGGGAAAUCUCUCCAGAGAUGUGACGGAAGCCCUCAUUCUUCAACUUUUCAGUCAGAUUGGACCAUGCAAAAGCUGUAAGAUGAUUGUUGAGACUGGCAAUGAUCCAUAUUGCUUUGUGGAGUUCUACGAGCACCGACAUGCAGCAGCAGCAUUAGCAGCUAUGAAUGGGCGGAAAAUUAUGGGUAAGGUUGAGGUGUCACAGUUAGCUGUAAUGUCCUUUGUCCCACAUCCUGCUUCUUCAGUCUCACAAUUGCAUACAGCUACACACCACAAAACAGAAGUCAAAGUGAACUGGGCAACAACUCCAAGUAGCCAGAAGAAAGACACGAGUAAUCAUUUCCAUGUAUUUGUUGGCGACUUGAGUCCAGAAAUCACUACAGAAGAUAUAAAAGCAGCUUUUGCACCAUUUGGAAGAAUAUCCGAUGCUAGAGUGGUCAAAGAUUUGGCGACGGGAAAAUCCAAAGGGUACGGCUUUGUGUCCUUCUACAAUAAGUGGGAUGCUGAAAACGCCAUUCAACAGAUGGGCGGGCAGUGGCUUGGAGGAAGGCAGAUCCGAACAAAUUGGGCAACCCGCAAGCCUCCUGCCCCAAAGAGUACUUCAGAGCCAAAUACCAAACAGCUGUCCUACGAGGAAGUUGUCAAUCAGUCCAGCCCCAGCAACUGUACUGUCUACUGCGGUGGCAUAGCGGUUGGACUUACAGAGCAGCUUAUGCGCCAGACAUUUUCACCCUUUGGACAGAUCAUGGAGAUCAGAGUGUUUCCUGAGAAAGGAUAUUCAUUUGUACGUUUUUCAUCACAUGAAAGUGCAGCACAUGCUAUUGUGUCAGUCAAUGGAACCACCAUAGAAGGACACAUUGUCAAAUGCUACUGGGGGAAAGAAACACCUGACGGAAUGGGUCAGUUUCAACAGCAAAAUCAGAUGGGUUAUGCUCAGCCUUGGAGCCAGUUUGGCCAGUGGUAUGGAAAUACUCAACAAUUCGGCCAGUAUAUGCCGAAUGGCUGGCAAAUGCCACCUUAUGGAGUUUAUGGGCAAGCUUGGAACCAACAAGGAUUCAGAAUGGAUCAGACACCGUCCACUGCUGCAUGGAUGGGUGCUAACUAUGGAGUCCAGCCUGCACAAGGUCAAAGUCCCAGUGUGAUAACCAACCAAGCAGGAUUUGGCAUGGCAGGCUACCAGACCCAGUGAGCAGAAAGGACUCUCUCUUCCUACCUAUAGCCAGUGGUUUCCUGCCACAACGGACACGUCAAGCCUUUGUUUACUUAAAGAUGUUUUUUUUUUCAAAGCCAGAUCAAUGAAAGAUGUCAACUGCAUUGUAUUUAUUUUAAAAGGAAAGCAAUUCAUUUUAGAAAUCAUGGAAAUUCGUCUCAUCCAAGUUUCUGUCUAAAGAUGCUGGAUGUCUGCCAAUUUUUGUGUCCAGUUUUCUUCAAAAAAAAAAAUCCAUUUCUGUGGCCCUUGGAGAGAAUAAACAAAAGCAGGGAUUUCUAAGUAACGCUGCCACUUUUAUAAAAUGAGGCAGACGAAUUGCACAAUAUUAGAUGCCAUGUUUCUAAACAGAUACUGGGCAGUUUAGUUAUGCAUUCCACAAAUUUGAUUUAAAACUGUAAAAUUUAAUAAUCCUAUGUUUUCCACAUUUCUAUUGUACAAGGCCAUACUUUGUAAAUGUAGGAGGUUGUUCAGAAAGAAAAAUGAUCCUUCGGAACACGGGAGAAAAGAUGUAGAGUCCCUUGAGCUCUCAGCAUGUACACAGCAUAGUUUAAAGCAAUGAAAUACUAUAGUAAAUGUUUAUUUCUGUGGUUUUUUUUGUUAUUUUGAAGUAGCAUUUUAAUCAUUUCAUUAAAGAAACCAAGUAAAAACUUAGUGAUGUUGUAGAGAAAGCACUUCUGAGUGUUGACUUGGACUCCAGUUGCUCUCCCAGUGUCAUCUGAAGCACAUUAUCUUCUGGGAGAGCAGUUCCCUGCUCUAAGCAGUGUAAAUCAAAAUGGAGUUCUUCUUGGCACUGCAGAGCAUUAUCCUCAGGAACUGGCUAAAACUGAAAUUUCCAGAUAUGUAGGUGAAGCUUAAAAAUACUAGUACAGUUUAGGCUAUCUGCUUGCUCCCAGAAUCUGAAUUUGGGUUUCCAUUUUAAAAUUAAUACACAUUUUCAUCUUUGUUCUUUUAAAUAUAAGACAUAAAUGUAGCUACUGGCAAAAUAAAACUUGGCACCAUUUGUGCCAAAUUGUAGUGGGGGAGGGUGGUCGGCAUGGGUGGGCAAAUCCUGAAGUGCUCAGGUUUAAGGGGACAUUACCUGUUUUGCCAGAAUUUGCAAUCUGCAUGAAAAGAUGAUUAAAAUAUACACAACCUCUACUGUUAACACAAGGCAAGUUUUUUUUUUGGUUAAAAACCUACUUUUGGCUUUGUUCUUUUGUGUUUUAAUGAUUUCAAGAGGCUGAUGGUAGGAAUCAAGUUCAUUGUUGUAGUUGACUGCUGACUUGAGUGUUGGCUCUUAAACACUUCAGCAAGUUAAUGGCAGCAGUGUCUUAAGAAGGCUGCGGUUUGUUGGGGAUCAUUGCGCAUCUCGAAACAGAAUGACAGGCUGCAUACGCGAAUAGCAAUUGGAGAGAAGGGUGGUGGGAGGGGGGGGAGGGAGACAAAAUUUAAAAUACUGUCAGUGAUAUGCCAGCACAGCAGUCGUAGCACUGGCUGCUUAACCAGAUGGCUGUAGGCUCUGCUCCAUGGGCUGGUGGGGUGGGGGGCUGCCCGAACCUCCAUGCAGCAAGUCCAUCUGCCACAGUUGAUAUGUUUUGUCUGUUCUUGGCUAAGUCGCUAUUUGGAGCACCUCAGAAAAAAAAAAAGAACUUCGAAAGAAAAUCUCUUGACGUGUCUCUGCAGAGGGUGUCCUGAAUGAUGUAGUUUUCUAGUGUAAAUGAUCAGCUAAGCUCAUAAUAUUGGCUGCAUAUGCAUAACAGGUACUGUAAAUGUAUUUUGUUGCAUAUCAGUUGUACAUGGUUUUAAAAUGCUCUGUCCCAGGAUUACUGGGGAGAACUCACGUUUUCUCACCAGUUGUCUCCGAGGCAACACGAUUGUCUUGGAAGUCCUUCCAGCUGAGAUUCUUUUCCAUAGUUCAGGAAAUCGGGAAGACUGCUAACCUCACAAGCUUUCUUCAAUAUCGUCUUAAUGUGAUUGUCAUGUUUGCCUGGGCUUCUGGAUUAAAGGGUCAAAUAGGGCUGUGCCAGUUCAACUGAUUUAGAACAUUUUAAUGGACAAAGUUGAGAGAACUGAGUUGUCAUUAAGUCACUUGGUGCUGGAAUAGUUAGUGUGCUGUACACAUAGGAUCUGGUCAUUCUAAUCCUCUUUUGUACAAUACUCGUGGUUGCAGCAGUAAAUCAAAAUGUGGAAAUGUUUAUCUUCUCUUUUAAAAUCUGUUCGCUUGACAGCUCACCUGCGUACUGGUCGAAAGAAAAAGUAUCUAGGCCAUCUGUGACUUACUCUAAGAUGACUUGUGUGCAAAUUCUUGCCAGAUACGCUAUAUGCACAUUUAACCAAUUUUAAAAUAGGUUAAUGUAUUUUUUAUUGGAUUGUUUGGCAAGGUUUGUUUUUCAUAAUAGAUACGACAUUUAGUUACCAAAAUGCGUAACUGGUUGGCCCUGCCCCCAGGAGUUUAAGUAAAUUAUCUUUUUGGAGUGGACUGAUGCACUACAGAUCAAUCUUUCAGAACUUAUGGAUCAUUUUGUUUUUAAGAAAUCCUGAGCUUAGAGCACUGGAGACUGUAUCCCUUUUGUUAACCUACAAGGGCUGACACGUGGAAAUUACUGCGCCAAUUCCAGUUACCAUGCUUUCAUUUGACUAAAUGGUUGAUGUGGAACUUUUAAGUUUGCCUCCAACUGUUCAUUGGACGCUGAGGCAGUUGAAACAAAUUGAAUGGAGAUUAUUUCCAAAGAUGGUGGUAUUUGUUUCAAUUUCAUGUGUUGGCUUCCAAUUUCUGCCCCCCCCCCACCGCCACCAACCAACAAAACAAGAGAAAGAAAUCUUCUGCUUGUACACAUGCUCCACCAGUUAAGAGAUUUCAAGAAAAAAUUAUACUUUUGUCAUGGGACAAGACUGUAUUUAUGUGCAUCUUUCUCCCAGAUUCGGUGCUGUGUUCUGGGAGAGUGGGAUGGAUUACUGCCGCCCAACAACCUCCCCUGAAGUCACCACAGGACUGGCUGGCAGCCGAACCUGUAGUUACAGGCUUCAGUGUGGAGUGAGCAACACUUGGGUGAGCAGCUUUUCAGAAAGAUGAGUUGGGGUUUAAAAAAAAAAUUGCAGCCUAAACAGGCCGAAUAAAGAAAAGGGAUAAAGUCUCUAUUUUCUGUUUAAACUGCAUCAGCAUUUAAAAAAAAACUUCACCUCAGGGGAAUUCUAUUCCAGGCAAAAAUCACAUGAACUAGGUUUGUGAAGGACCAAUUGACUUGCAUUCGGGUUUGUUAACUGCACGGCCUUGUUGGUAUUAUAACUGUAGCAGUUAUUAACAGUCAAUAAAUAAAACGGUCAUUGGGCCAUCAUACUGAA